CGAUCCGACCGUGAAUCGCUCUCGGAGCAAUGACUAUGAUGACUCCGCCGCCGCUCGAUCAGCAGGAAGACGAGGAGAUGCUUGUUCCGAAUCCGGAUUUGGUCGAGGGACCUCAGCCUAUGGAAGUUGCCCAAACUGAGCCUGCUGCUACCGCCGUGGAGAAUCCCCCACCCGAGGAUCCUCCAACUCUGAAAUUCACGUGGACCAUCCCAAUUUUCACUAGGCUCAAUACCAGGAAGCAUUACUCUGAUGUAUUUGUUGUUGGCGGUUAUAAAUGGCGUAUAUUGAUUUUUCCCAAAGGAAACAAUGUCGACCAUUUGUCAAUGUACUUGGAUGUUGCUGACGCCGCGAAUUUGCCGUAUGGGUGGAGCAGAUAUUCACAGUUCAGUCUGGCUGUAGUGAAUCAAGUCAACAACCGAUAUUCCAUCAGAAAGGAGACGCAACAUCAAUUCAAUGCAAGAGAAAGCGAUUGGGGGUUUACAUCAUUCAUGCCUCUCAGCGAGCUCUAUGAUCCCACUCGAGGAUAUUUAGUGAAUGACACUGUUCUGAUUGAAGCUGAAGUUGCUGUGCGUAAAGUUCUUGAUUACUGGUCAUAUGACUCAAAAAAAGAGACUGGCUUUGUUGGACUAAAAAACCAAGGUGCUACCUGUUACAUGAAUUCUCUCCUGCAGACUUUAUACCACAUACCUUACUUCAGAAAGGCUGUGUACCACAUGCCAACGACUGAAAAUGAUGCACCUACUGCUAGUAUCCCAUUGGCGCUCCAGAGUUUGUUUUACAAGCUUCAGUAUAAUGAUACCAGUGUAGCGACAAAGGAGCUGACAAAGUCGUUUGGUUGGGAUACAUAUGAUUCUUUCAUGCAACAUGAUGUCCAAGAACUCAACCGAGUUCUCUGUGAAAAGCUUGAGGACAAGAUGAAGGGAACUGUUGUGGAGGGAACAAUACAAAAGCUAUUUGAGGGUCACCACAUGAAUUACAUUGAGUGCAUUAAUGUAGAUUACAAAUCUACACGAAAAGAAUCAUUCUAUGACCUCCAGCUUGAUGUCAAAGGCUGCAAAGAUGUAUAUGCUUCUUUUGACAAGUAUGUUGAAGUUGAACGUCUCGAAGGAGACAACAAAUACCAUGCAGAAGGACAUGAUUUGCAGGAUGCAAAAAAAGGUGUUCUAUUCAUAGACUUUCCACCAGUUCUUCAACUUCAGCUCAAGAGGUUUGAAUACGAUUUUAUGAGGGACACAAUGGUGAAGAUCAAUGAUCGGUAUGAGUUUCCUCUUCAACUGGAUCUCGACAGAGAGAAUGGAAAAUAUUUAUCCCCUGAUGCAGACAAGAGUGUUCGCAAUCUCUACACCCUCCACAGUGUCUUGGUUCACAGUGGAGGAGUGCAUGGAGGGCAUUAUUAUGCUUUUAUAAGGCCAACACUUUCAGAUCAGUGGUAUAAAUUUGAUGAUGAACGGGUAACGAAGGAAGAUGUGAAAAGGGCACUGGAAGAGCAAUAUGGUGGUGAAGAAGAGUUACCGCAGAAUAAUCCUGGUUUCAAUAAUCCACCUUUCAAAUUCACAAAAUACUCGAAUGCAUACAUGCUUGUUUAUAUUCGGGAAAGUGACAAGGACAAGAUAAUCUGCAACGUUGAUGAGAAAGACAUUGCGGAACAUUUGCGGGUGAGGCUGAAAAAAGAACAAGAAGAAAAGGAAGAUAAAAGAAAAUACAAGGCUCAAGCUCACCUUUUCACGACAAUCAAGGUCGCAAGAGAUGAUGACAUCACUGAGCAAAUUGGAAAGAAUAUAUAUUUUGAUCUUGUUGAUCAUGAAAAAGUUCGGAGUUUUCGAAUCCAGAAACAGACCCCCUUUCAACAAUUUAAGGAAGAGGUAGCCAAAGAGUUUGGUGUCCCGGUUCAACUACAGCGGUUCUGGAUCUGGGCAAAGCGUCAAAACCAUACUUAUCGCCCCAAUCGUCCCCUAUUACCUAAUGAAGAAUUACAGACGGUUGGACAAAUAAGAGAGGCAUCUAACAAGGCAAACAAUGCUGAACUAAAGCUGUUUUUGGAAAUAGAGCGUGGACCGGAUGAUCUUCCUAUUCCUCCCCCAGAAAAAUCUUCUGAAGAUAUCCUUCUUUUCUUUAAACUCUAUGACCCUGAGAGCGCAGUACUAAGAUAUGUUGGCAGGCUAAUGGUUAAAAGUUCCAGUAAGCCAAUGGAUAUAGUAGGGCAACUGAAUAAAAUGGCUGGUUUUGCUCCUGAUGAGGAAAUAGACCUUUUUGAGGAAAUUAAGUUUGAACCUUGUGUAAUGUGUGAACAACUGGAUAAGAAGACUUCUUUCAGGCUGUGUCAAAUUGAAGAUGGAGAUAUCAUUUGUUAUCAGAAACCUCUAUCUAUCCAGGAGAGUGAAUGUCGCUACCCAGAUGUGCCAUCAUUUUUGGAGUAUGUACAGAAUCGAGAGCUGGUGCGUUUUCGUACACUGGAAAAACCAAAAGAAGACGAGUUUACUAUGGAGCUGUCAAAGCAGCACACUUAUGAUGAUGUUGUGGAAAGAGUGGCUGAGAAGCUUGGCCUUGAUGAUCCAUCAAAACUUAGACUUACAUCUCACAAUUGCUACUCCCAGCAACCCAAGCCUCAGCCAAUCAAAUACCGUGGAGUAGAUCAUCUUUCAGAUAUGUUAGUUCACUACAAUCAGACGUCUGACAUUUUGUAUUAUGAAGUUCUGGAUAUUCCUCUUCCAGAAUUGCAAGGUCUUAAGACCCUAAAAGUGGCUUUCCAUAGUGCCACAAAGGAUGAAGUGAUAAUCCACAAUAUCAGACUACCUAAGCAGAGUACUGUUGGAGAUGUUAUUAACGAACUGAAAACAAAGGUGGAGCUUUCGCAUCAAGAUGCAGAACUGAGGUUACUUGAGGUCUUUUUCCACAAGAUCUACAAGAUCUUUCCAUCUACUGAAAGAAUUGAAAACAUCAAUGACCAGUACUGGACUUUACGAGCAGAAGAGAUACCUGACGAAGAGAAGAAUAUUGGUCCCAAUGAUCGGUUAAUUCAUGUUUAUCAUUUUACUAAAGAGGCCGGACAAAAUCAGCAAGUACAAAAUUUUGGGGAACCCUUCUUUUUGGUAAUCCAUGAAGGUGAAACUUUAGAAGAAAUCAAGACCCGUAUCCAAAAGAAACUCCAUGUCCCUGAUGAGGACUUUGCGAAGUGGAAGUUUGCAUCUUUUUCAUUGGGACGUCCUGAUUACUUGCAGGACACAGAUGUUGUUUAUAAUCGCUUUCAGAGAAGAGAUGUAUACGGUGCGUGGGAGCAGUAUCUUGGGUUGGAGCACAUUGAUAAUGCUCCUAAAAGGGCUUAUGCUGCGAAUCAGAACCGACACGCAUACGAGAAGCCGGUUAAAAUAUACAAUUAGGAGAGAGACAUGGCUAUGCAUGGAGGAAUCUUAAGGGUGGUUUUGGUGCGAGGGUAGGAUGUAGAGAGACUCAAUUUAGAUUUGAUAACCAAAAUGAAUAUAUAUCUUCCAGGUAA